CAGAGGAUCGCAGCAAAGGAUGACUUUAGGAACGGAUAUGUCCGACAGCUCUGCUUUGUCCGAGGAUGUGGACAUCGAUGUGGUCGGGGGUGAUUUAUCUGGGAAGGACGGGAAAUACCUCCAUCACGACUUCAACUUGGACAAUGACUCGGACGAUAACUACUCACACAACGCGGCGGAUGGCGUUCCCUCCCCUGGACAUAGCGGCUCGGAGUGUCCCCCGGACCAGAUGGGCUCCAGUUCGGGUGCAGGCUCUGGAGUAGGCGACAACAAACUCAGAAAGAACGCGUUGGUGAAGCCGCCGUACUCCUACAUUGCGCUCAUCACUAUGGCCAUCCUGCAAAGUCCUAAGAAGAGGCUAACUUUGAGCGAGAUCUGCGAGUUCAUAAGCAACAGGUUCCCAUACUACAGGGAGAAGUUCCCUGCGUGGCAGAACUCCAUCCGUCACAACCUCUCCCUGAACGACUGUUUCGUAAAGAUCCCACGCGAACCUGGAAACCCAGGAAAAGGCAACUACUGGACCCUUGACCCAGACUCGGCUGAUAUGUUCGACAAUGGGAGCUUCUUGCGCAGAAGAAAACGCUUCAAGAGGCACCAAAGCAAUGAGAUCCUCAGAGACGCGGGUGGGUAUCUUCCUGGCUUUGGAUACGGCCCCUAUGGAUACAACUACGGACUCCAGCUACAAAACUUCCACCACAAUCCUUACCACUCACAUCACUCAAGCGCUUCGUUCCCUUUCCCGGGCACUUCACCAUGCACCUUGCCUUCAGCUUCCCUAUUCCCAGCUCCGCAUCCUCUACCCUCUAUUUUAAGUGCUAAACCAUUCUAUCCCCAGUUAAGCCCAUCUUUGCCCCAUCUUAAGACGGACAGCAGCCCACCGAGCCGGCCUUCCUUCUCAAUUGACAAUAUCAUCGGCGCGACUAAUUCCAGCGGCUCCGCGUACAGCGCGCCGUCAGGCGGACAGGCGCACAUCCUGGCUAUGUUGACACCAACUCUGGCCUCAGCCUCUGGACAUUUGAAUCUAUCGCAGGACAGUGUUUCAUCAGGAACACAGACUCAGACAUUUGCUAGCAAAAGCCCCAACGUCAACACUUGCCCUUUUUAAAAUAAAAAAAUAAAUAAAUAAAAAAAAGCAAAAACAUUUAAUAGCCCUGAGCAAGUUGCAUCGCGUGAAGGUAGGACAAGCACUCUGAAGACUUUUUCUUCUCCUAUAGUUUCAGUAUUUGGAGAGGAGAUUAUUUAUAAUUGUAAAUUUGUGUAUAAUAGAAACAAGAAAGAAGAGGACGAUAAUGUCUUCUUGUUUUAGGUCUUUGGCAUUUGUCUUAAUGGAUAUUAAUAUCCUAUUAUUUAAAGCUGACAUCCUAUAAGGGGUGCUUUAUAACACACACGAGAAUAAUAUGUGGUGAUUUAUAUUGUUUCCUUCAUGUGCGUUUUGAGAAAAUGGCACUGCUAUUGUUGACAUAAAGAGACGGUAAACUCAGGUUUAUUAUUGAAAAGCACACAAGGAAAUCAAAGGGAUUCCGCGCACCAGAAUAUCCCACUAUGAUCUGCCUGUUUCCAAAUAGGUUCGUGACAUCAUGCCAUGUCAUUAUGGACUGGUAUUUGAGUGCUUAAGUUUGUUUUGUUGAAAGACGUCGUACCUCUCUUUUUCUCAACUUUUGAAUUGUUGUUUGUUUCUAUUCACGAGUUAAUCUGUGAAAGUCAUG